CUCGAAACCAUGACAGAAGAUGACGGAUACAGUUGUCGCGGAGGGACAAGUGAAGUUUAGAGAUGGAAAAAAGUGGAAGACUCGCUGGGUCGUUCUUCGGAAGCCCUCUCCCGUUGCAGACUGUCUGUCCUUGCUGGUAUAUAAGGAGAAGAAGAAAGGGAAGGAGAAGGGCAGCGGCCACAAGGAGAGGCUCAAUGUAACACUGGAGGGGAUCUGUGGCUUGGAGCCAGGGCUCGGAUAUGAUGGCGUGUCCUACACCCUCUCCAUCCUUUGCUUGGCACGCAUGCUGGUCCUUGGGUUCAACAGCCGGGACACCCUGCUGGCCUGGGAUGCCCGCAUCCGCUACAGCUUGGGAGAAGUCCACAGGUUUAGUGUCAAUGUCGAACCAGGCACCAAACUGGAAAGCGGCCCCGCGUCCCUCCACCUGUGCAACAACCUGCUGGUCCUCACCAGAGGCCUCCCUCCAGUUGUUAUUGGCCACUGGAAGUUGUCAGCGUUACGUCGCUACGGUGCCGUGCCAAAUGGCUUUGUGUUCGAGGGGGGGACUCGCUGUGGCUACUGGGCUGGUGUUUUCUUCCUGUCCUGUUCAGAAGGAGAGCAGAUCAGUUUCCUAUUUGACUGCAUUGUCAGGGGCAUCAACCCCACCAGGGCCCCACACGGCCUGCGGCCUAACCUGCCAGCAGAUCCCAGUGCUGACCCAGCUUCAGCAGAGGAACGAAUCAACCUUGAGGCAUCAGUGCUGGAGAAAAGACUGAGCAUGCUGUCUCAGUGCAGUUUAGCGAGCAGCACAGCCUCCACUUACAGUUGCAGUACGUCAGUUGCUGGAGAUGACCACAGCAGCAUUUCCAGCUCUUCCUCCAGUCAAUCAGAUACAAGCUAUGGAAGCAGACUUCCAUUUUGGGCGGAGCCAUUAGGCAGACUGCACCUCUCCAAUGAGACAGCAACAAGCUCUUCCACGCUGAAGGCACUGCUCAGUUCAGAUGACCAGCUUUAUGCUGCUGUUAUGGGAGGCUCCAGGAGUCGUCCCUCAUCCGCUCACCUCCAUCCUCGUGGUCUUCAUGACAGUGGGCGGCAGAGUUCAUUAGACAGCGGAAUUGGGAUAGCGACAGGCAGUCACUCUUCUUACUCGGGGAGUUAUUCCUCAUGUAUGGGGAGUCUGGACAUGGCCAGCCAGGGAGUAGAGGAAGAAUUUGGCUCUUUAGCCAGCCUUCCUGCUGCUGCUGCUCCUUUUCUGUCCUCACCUCCUUCUGCGCCUCCCCCAACUCCUCCUUCUUCUCCUUUUCAGCUCAUGCUCAUCCCAGAGCACAGUUCUGCAGGCAUCACCCCCUCUUCCUGCUCCCGUGCCUCCAGAUCUGCAUUUCAUACAUCUCGUAGGCACAGUGAAGAAUACCAGAUUCCAAGUCUGCUUAGACUGUGGUAUGAUACCCCCAGGAGUCUGCUCCAGGCCCACCCCCUAAAGGAAUCAUUGUCCCAUGGAGCCCCACCUGAGCUCGGCAAGGACAGUAGGAGCAGUGGGGAUGGAGGUGAUGGUCAGGGACAGAGAAGACAGAAGGCUCAGCAUCAGGCCAUGAUGCAGCGCUCACACUCCUGGGGUAGUGAGAGGGCGCCCUCUGUGGAAAGUGAGGGGAGGUCCACACCUAGACCCCUGCUGGUCCCUGAAGAUUUUCUUUUUGCAGAAAAGCAGACUGACGGCUCUCCGCUCAUGGACCUGUCACCUUCUGCACACACACGAGACCCGCCUCCCUGUGUGAGGGGGGAACACCGUGACAGUCGUGAUAUUGGUUCUAAGCUGGCAUGUCUGAAGAAACUGUUGCCAUCUCUGCUCUUGUCUGCCCCUCCACUGCCUCCUGUCAUGACCGUGCACAGACCAACAUCAGCUUGUGGUAUGUUCCAGUCUUCCCACGAGGUUCCUCCGCCUGCAUCCCUGGACAGCGGGCCUCGUAAAAACAGCAGUGUUAAUUAUGUCAACAUCCCUGUUAGCCCUGUCCUGUAUAAAACUAGAGAGCUGCUCUACACAGAGCUGGAACUGCAGAAACCCAGCUCGGCUCCGGUCUCCAGUCCGUGCAGAGAAGAGGGCUCCAUCAGGUACGCCCACCUGGACAUCACUGCCAUGGAAACUGCUCAGAGAGUGGGGGCGGAGCAUGUUCAGGCCAGGGAGGACAGACUGACUCAACUGGAGAACAGGCGGCAAGGGCCACCAGCCUGACUCUGGAACGCCCAACUGGAUGACACUUCAGAAUAGUUUUGACUGCAGAUUCUCUCCAACUCUCUGGAAAAGCUGACAGACUCAAAUGUGGUGGAUGAUCAUACCGGUUAUGUUGUACUUAAAAAACACACCCACAGUUGUGACAGUGUAAUAAAAUUCCCACAGUCCAUUCCACUAUGGGUAAAGCUUUGGGAGCUUUCUUAUGCAGCUUCUGUUUUGUCUUGUCUAU